CAGGGUAGGACCUGCGCGCGCAGCUUGAACGGGCCGCUCAGGCGCGCCGACUAUGCUGCGGCUCAUUGCCGCUUCAGGUAUGGUACGGUGCGUGUUGUUCGUAGCGCUUUGAGUGCCUCGGUGAGUAUACCCAGGCCUGACUGGCGUAGUGGGGAAGCCAGGGUGGCACUGGAACUGGAGUUCCAGUUGUGCGUUGCGAUGGUACGUCAUAAUUGAACUUCUUCCUGCUGGCUGGUUUACUUGCAGUGUUUAACGUGGUUCGGUUUAGCUAUGGUUCAAUUUACUAGUCGGCGUUGAGAUCCUGAAAGAUGGGCAUUCUAGUUUUGGUUAAAAUCAUUGGUGAAGCCACGUUAAGCAUUGCACGUGGACCAGGCACGUGUCGUUCAGGCUUUCGCUCACUAUUUCAUUCGCUGUGCCGCUCAACUCCGCUCAUUGUGAGGCUCAGUGUCACUCGGCACUCAGCAUCACGGAGAGUGACUCCAAUUCUGAGUGGCUCGGUGAGGAAGCCAGAGAGAUAGUGAGACUUGAGUUCCGGUUUUGCAUUUCUGACAUUCCGUCAUAACUCGUGUAGAACUGAACUCCUGGGACAGUGGCUCCACAGUUCUGCUUUACAUGAUUUAUGUCGCUAUGUCAUAGUGUAGAAUUAGGACUUGAGUCGCCAUUCAAACUACCCUCGGGUGUCUUCACUGGAUCCUCAGGACUUAGAAGUGGACCUGAGUGGUGCAGUGAACGGUAAAGCGGGAGGACCUGAGCGACCCUGGAAAGAGUUCAGCUACGAUGCAACAUCGUGAUGCAAAAAUGGAAUUCCAGAUGUACAGUGCCUUCUGGCAUUUCUCACUAUGCUGCUUAGGUUUGGAGAUGUUCAUCGAGUAGCUCAGAGCCACGAGGGAGACAGUGCCGGUGCCCAUGCAGUGAGCGGGAACAGAAGGAGAAGCUGGAAUGUAACAGUCGUUCGCAGAAAUCGAUGGAACCUGUGCCCCUGGUUACGCCUUGUCGCUCGCAACUCUAGCAGCAACGGCGUCCCAGCAGAGAAAGACUCAGUGAACGAGAACCAAGCCAGAGCGAUAAACUGUUCAUUGUCACGACCAAGUCGAAAUCAAGAUUUAACUGGUAGAGCAAAGAAGCUCCCGACAAAUUUAGAUUCACUCACUGUGAUGCUGAGUGCUAUGAGCAACACAGAUGCACAGUGAGUGGACUAGAGCGUCACAGAGAACAGAACAGUGAGAAAACCAGAGCAGCAUCUGCCAGAUCUACGCGCAAUGUUUCACGUGGCAUAAUCAACAACUUUAAUGAUGACUACAAUACUCUCAGAGACUUUAAGUCCGACUAAUAAACGAAACUGAAACUAAACCGAACCACGUUAAACACCCUGAGUAAGUCAGGCAAUUGGAACAGGUUCAGUUAUGACAUAACAUUGGAGAUGCAUGUCACAAGUGAAACAAGCUCCACUGUCACUCCCGCCUGCUCACAGUAUCGCUCAAACUUAGCUUGCCCAACGUGAAUCGCUCAACGUGCUGUGAUCGAUCCGAAGCCUGCCGCGUUGCGAGCAACAAUGAUCCGGAGCGCUGGCGUGCCGAACUUUCAGGAGCGACGCAUGCGCAGCAGCGACUUUACUUCUGGCGCCAUAACUUACUGUGUUGACUUUAUUACUUCUUGGGAUCCAUUCUGUUUGUACUGCUGUGUACUGUGGGUUGUAUGUUGGAGUUUUUCAAAUUAAUAUUUUAAUAAUACACUGUCUUUAAUGGAAAAAGUUUUAAAAUACAAUGCGCAAGUGUUCACAAACCCGGAA